UUCAUAUAGUAAUGCAUCCUUCAUGGCUAAUAUAACCAUCAUCCAUUAGAAUAUCGAUCCAUCGAGUUUUAACAUCGAUCCCACGCUAGCCUCAAGUGAAGCGAUCCAAGUCGUCAGUUAUCAUACUGGAACAAAGACUUCACGUUCAAAAAUAAGGAAAUAUUCUUACAGUGGAGUAAUGAUUGGAAAAAUUGUUUAUUCUGACUUUUAUAGAACCUUAUCAGUUUUCAUCUAUUUUCGUCCGUGAGUAAUGAUUUUAUAAUAUCUGUUUCCUACAAAAUGGACUUAUAAAUAACCAUUGAUCGGUUAAUUUGUAUUGGUAGAAUCUAUGAAUAUGGAAUAAUGACAGUAAAUGUUAAUUUCUUAUUUAUAUUCAAUCGGAAAUUAAAUUCAAAAUGUCAACGAUUCGAAAAGCAUACAUGGAAUUAUCGAAUGGAAUCCGAGGAUUACGAUUCAGCAAGGAACAACAACAGACGACAACGCAUGUCUCAACAAAUCAUAUUUCAAUUUCAACGACACGUGAAACAUCAAUUAAUAUAAAUAAACAUGUUUCAAACGGAAGUUCUGCGAUGAGUGCUCGUGUGGUCCGUUCCCCAAAGCCACUCAUAGCACGAAAAAUCAGAAGUCUUUUUGGACGGCACCAACCUGAUACUAUCCACGAAUUGUUCAUGGAUGACAGAUUUUUAUCGAAGUUUUUCUACUAUUUUUCUGCUGAAGAACGAGGCAUGCUGUCUCGAGUUUGUCACACUUGGAAAAAUAUACUUUACCAUCCAAAGUACUGGGAAAAUGUAAUGCCUGUCAUUAUUCUGCGUAAUCUUGGUAAAACAGAGGAAUUUAAACGAUUGUUUUAUGAGAGUUUGCAAAUUAGAUGUUUUGAUUCGAUUUGCUUUUUUGGCGCAAUAGACGAAGAAAUUGCUGAUUUUAUUAACCAUUGUGCGAUAUUCAAAAAGCAAAUCAGGUUUAUAUGUUUACGAAAUUCUAAUAUAACUGAUGUCGGUCUUGAAAUUUUGUGUAAGAAAAUUCCAUGUCUUUAUAAGUUAGAACUGAACGGAUGUAACGAACUAACAGAAACGGGUAUGUGGUCAUGUCUUAACCCUAAAAUCGUGUCCUUAUCCAUUAAAGAUUGCAUAAAUGUUGCAGACGACACAAUUGGGGCUAUUGCUCAGCUACUUCCGGCGCUUUAUGAACUGAACAUACAGGCUUAUCAUGUGACUGACACUGCCUUAGCUUUUUUUAGUACAAAACAGAGCUAUUCUCUCAGUGUUCUCAGACUUCAGUCUUGUUGGGAAGUUACAAACCAUGGGGUUGUGAAUAUCGUACAUUCUCUUCCAAAUCUAGCUGUUCUAAGUUUAUCAGGGUGUAGUAAGGUAACAGACGAUGGAAUAGAACUUAUUACCGAAAAUCUUCGGAAGUUAAGAUCCUUAGACCUGUCAUGGUGUCCUCGGAUUACAGAUUCCUCACUAGAAUAUAUUGCUUGUGAUCUGAGUCAACUCGAACAACUGACCCUUGAUAGAUGUUCCCACGUGACAGAUAUAGGUGUCGGAUAUUUGUCAACCAUGACAUCUUUACAGAAACUCUACUUACGUUGGUGCACUCAAGUUCGGGAUUUUGGUCUUCAGCAUAUUUACACAAUGAAGAAUUUACGGGUACUUUCAUUAGCAGGUUGUACAUUAGUUUCCAGCCAGGGUCUUUGUGGACUGACACAACUUAAACAUCUAGAAGAAUUAGAACUGACCAAUUGUCCAAGUGCUACAAAGGAGAUUUUUCUGUAUCUAAAAGAAAACAUGCGCGGAUGUCUGGUUCUUGAUUAGAUUUAUCUUCUGCAAAAAAGUCUGGAUAUUGUUUCCUGAAAGAUUCCAGUAUAUAAGUGUAAAAUUGAUUAAUUCCUGGAAUAGGACGAAGAGGCUUAGAUGAUUGUGACACUUAUUCAAAAAUAUUGCAUUUAAAUGUAAAGAAUUCCAUUAAAGUAAAUCUUUGAUGGUUCUUUUUAACUUAAUUUGUUGGAAUUGUUCAUUCGGACUUUAACAUGUUUAAACCAAUAAUCUCUCACUUAUUACGAUUUUCUUACAAUAGUGUAUACUUCAAUUAAUCUAAUGAGGAAAUCCAGAAACUGACGUUUACUUAAUUAUUAUCUCAUAUUUUAAUACAAUUUUCGCAGCUUUAAUUUAAAAAAAACGUCACAAAGACCGAUUUUGGGCAGGGCAUCCUAAAAAUAAACUGGUAUUUGAACAUAUACUAGCAGAUAUGAUAUUUGUAUGAUUUAUAUAUGUACUUUUGUAUCUGAUUUUUCACGUUCUUGGUAAAGUGCAUCCAAAUAAAGUAAAGUUAAUACACGACCUUCACAUUUGACCUAAGAAGCCGUUUACUAAAAAAACGAGUUCCAAUUAAGGGACAAUAACUGUUAGAGGUGCUUCGCAAUGUUUUCAUAUAUGACAAUCAUUCCUGAAAAAUAAAUAUGACCUUAACCUUUAAAGUCAGAAUCUUUCUCGUGCAUGAACUAUAUGACCUUAACCUUUAAAGUCAGAAACUGUCUCGUGCAUGGAAGGUGAAAGUUUGAACACAUGUGUGACCUUUUUAUCCCCUCUCGGCAAUGUUGUGAAGUUUGGCAUCCAUUUCGAGCCUAUGCGUUUGUUUGUGAGUUCGCGCGUGUAAAACAAUUUCAUUGUAAUUGACCUAGCAUCUUCUCUUUUCUCCCUAUUCCAUUUCUUUGUCAUAAAAUGUAUUAGCAUUAUUUUGACGUCAAACGUCAAACUUGACAAAAUGACGUUUGAAAUUAUAAUUUAUAGCGUGAAUAGUCACAUAGAGAUCUUACGUCUUCCUGUCAAUCUAGACCUAAUAUUGUUCAAACUUUGCAAUCGCUUAAAACCAAUUUAAUUUAGAGGGUAUAAAUGGUCAAUGUCACCACAAAAUCUAUGAUUUAAUAAACAUUGGCCAUGUACUUUGUAAUGGAAAUAAAGUUGAGGGCCCUCAUGGGGUUUUUGAUUAUGUGAUUACUUGGCCGUUUUUUUAAUGAUUAUUUGAAUAUUAAGCCAAAUAUUUCAUGAUUAUUUGAUUACCUAGGACUGUAUUUUUAGUUUAUGAUUAUUUGAUUACUAAAGAUAAGCAAAUAUUUAAUGAUUAUGUGAUUAUAUUGGCAAAAAAAUGGUGAUUAUCUGAUUACUAGGACCCCCCCCCCCCCCCCCAUGAGGGGCCUCAAAGUUGAAAGAGGCUAGAUACGUAAAUGAAAGUACAUAAUCAUUAAUGAGUAAUCAUAUAUGCUUAGCGUUCAUGUUAGAACUUUCCCUAGCUUUAAAAAAAAACCUUAAAUACAAAUAUAGCGUCUGGUUGGGCGGGGACUCUCUUUCCGUUCUUUUGUGUGUUUUUCUCUAUCCCUUGUAUUUCAGCUUUCUGUGUUCUCCAAUCUUUAUAUUUUAGUACCUCGUAUUCUAUGUCUUUUAUAUUUUAGCACCCCAUUUAUUCCUUGUAUAAUCUUUAUAAGUUAUUCUGUAAACCCCAUCUCAGGCAACCCCUUUUUCAUCAUGUGACUACAGCCAGUUUUUUGUAUUAAAAUUUGUUACCAUACUCAUAUAUAUUUCAUAUGUAUUGUCAUAAUAAAAAACAGGCUGACCUUC